AUGACUCGCGGUGGCUGCCAAUCUGCCGACCACGGAGGGAUGGAGGGCUUGGUGGAUCAUAGGCACGGGGAUCGAUCCCACGUGUGUGCCUCAGUGGCGCCUCCAACCACUGCGCCACAAGCACCCUACUCAACUUCAAAAUCCGAAAUUGCGAAGACGCGUUUGGUUAAUGUGAGGUGCUCAUCGACAACGAAGUUUUAUAGCUCGGGUAACCACUAA